GAGAGCAGGAUGUAUCAGUCGCCAUUACUGUCCGGGAUGAGAGAGAGAGGAGGGAGCAGGUCUCCGAUUACACGCAUACCACCAAUUAAACAAAAUAUAUAAAAACAAACACAUUUGGAAUAGAAAGAGGAUACACGGAACGUUCCCCGUGAAUUGCAGUGCACGAGCCGUUGAAAAAUGGAAUUUGCUGGAGUAAAAUAAUACACUUGGAAUGCUACCUUUUUUCGUGGUAUCGGAGCUGGGAGCGACCAUGUUAGGGAGGUCAUAAUAAUGGAGAACCAGCUGCCCUAUCCCAGCUCGAGGAUCUAGGAGGAUAGAGCGAUUCAACACUAAAGGGAGAAAGCCAUGAACGUGCACCAGCCCCCUAUCUAACUAAUUGGAGUGGAAUGAUAGCUGUGCUGGUAGAAACCUUUCUUGAAAUUGACAAAGCAAUGACAGGGGGAAUAUAAUGGCCAAGAACAAGGAGGCACGCCCCCCAACAUAUGCUGUUAGUGUUGUCGGCCUCUCAGGGACAGAGAAGGAGAAGGGCAAUUGUGGCGUGGGCAAGUCCUGCCUAUGCAACAGAUAUGUGUGUUCCAACGCUGACGGCUACUACACUGAGCACACUUCUGUGUUGAGCACAAUUGACUUUGGAGGUCGUGUGGUGAACAAUGAUCACUUCCUCUACUGGGGUGAAGUGCCACACCGAAGCGAUGACGGGCUCGAGUGUAAAAUUCAAAUUAUUGAACAAACCGAGUUCAUUGAUGAUCAGACUUUCUUGCCACAUCGCAGCACAAACCUGCAGCCCUAUAGUAAAAGGGCUGCAGCCUUCAAGCUACAGUCUGCUGAGAAGCUGAUGUACAUUUGCACCGACCAGCUUGGCCUGGAACAGGAUUUUGAUCAGAAGCAGAUGGCCGAUGGGAAACUCAACAUUGACGGUUUUUUAUUGUGCAUAGACGUGAGCAAAGGCUGCAAUAGGAAAUUUGAGGAUCAGAUGAAAUUUGUCAACAGCCUUUAUUCUCAAAUGGUCAAAUCGAAAAAGCCCAUCGUCAUUGCUGCAACUAAAUGUGACGAGUGCAUGGAGCAGUAUCUAAGGGACCUUCAGGUGUUCGCUGCAAGCAAAAAGAACCUCCUGGUGGUAGAAACGUCAGCUCGAUUGAGAAUCAAUGUAGACCUCUGUUUUAACGCAUUGACCCAGCAGAUGGACAAAACACGAGGCAAACCCAAAAUCAUUCCUUAUUUGGAGGCCUAUAAAGUUCAGCGACAAUUAGUAGCCACAGUGUCCGACAAGUUUGAAAAGAGGAUUGUACAAACCGUCAGAGAUUAUCACACAAGUUGGAAAACAGUGAGUAACAUGUUGAAAAACCACCCCGACUAUGAGGAAUACAUCAACUUGGAAGGCACCCGAAAAGCUAGAAACACCCUCAACAAGCACAUCGAACAGCUGAAGCAGGAACAUAUCUGGAAAAGGAGGGAAGAAUACUUCUCGAGCCUGCCAAAAAUUCUCAAUAACUUGCUCAACAACUUGGAAGAACUCGAGAACCUGAGCUGGUCGGAGGCUCAAAGUAUCUUGAAGAGCAGGGCUGAGUUUCAUUUCUGGUUUGUGGUGCUGGAGCACACUCCGUGGGAUGAGACGGACCAAAUUGACAAAGUCAACGACAGAAGAGUGCCCUUUGAUCUCCUUAAAACGUUGGAAGGGGAGAAGAUUUUUCAGAACCAUGUCCAGCAUCUGUUCUCAGAGAAAAUGCGGUUAGAAAUGAAGAAUAGAUUCAAGAAGACAUUGGAUAGAGUCCAUUUCAUCAGCCCUGGACAACCCUGGGAAGAGGUCAUGUGUUUUGUCAUGGAGGACGAGGCCUACAAGUAUAUCAGUGAAUCUGAUCACAGGGAUGUUUACAGCCAGCAUCAGCAGGAAAUAGUUGAAAGGGCCAAAGAGGAAUUUCAGGAAAUGCUUUUUGAACACGCAGAGCUGUUUUAUGACCUUGAUUUAAAUGCCACCCCAAGCUGUGACAAAAUGAGCGAGAUCCACACUGUGCUCAACGAGGAGCCCAGAUACAGAGCUCUGCAGAAACUGGCCCCUGACAGGGAGUCACUUCUUCUCAAGCACAUCGGGUUCGUCUACCACCCCACGAAGGAGACGUGUCUGAGCGGACAGAGCUGCGUUGACAUGAAUGUCGAGCAGGUACUGGCUAACAGGCUAGUUCAGCUGGACCAUGGUCGCUCUAAUCUCUACUAUAACAGUGCCAACAUUGAUAAAGUCAAUUUGUGUCUCUUGGGAAGGGAGGGUCUCGCACAAGAACUUGCAAAUGAAAUCCGAGCCCAGUCCACAGACGAGGAGUACACCCUGGAUGGGAAAAUCUAUGAACUGGAGCUUCUGCCUGUUGAUGUCAACUCAACGUUGCUCUUUAGUCAUACGUGGGCGUCAACCUUCAAACCUCACGGAAUCUUCUGUGUCUUCAGCUCCAUAGAGUCGCUAAAUUGUAUUGGCGACUGCGUAGGGAGAAUCAGGGCAGAGAUUGCACAGAACAGGAGGGAGAGAUACGCACCGCCAUUGCCAUUCAUUCUAAUCCUAGCAAACCAGAGAGACAGCGUUUGCAAAAAUAUGCCUAUAUUAAGGCAUCAGGGCCAACAGCUUGCAAAUAAGUUACAGUGCACCUUUGUAGAUAUACCUUCUGUUACCUUUCCACGGAAGUUUAACGAGUUCCAAAUUAAACAGGCUCUCAGAGGAGUAUUAGAAGGACUAAAGCACAACUUUGAUGUGAUGAGCCCUCUGCCGUCCAUCAAAGACAUGUCAGAGACCGACUUGAGGAUUGUUAUGUGUGCUGUGUGUGGGGAUCCAUUUAGUGUAGACCUCAUCCUCUCACCUUUCCUGGAUUCACAUUCCUGCAGCGCAGGGCAACCUGGCCAAAGUAACACUCUGAUCCUCAACAAAAUCAUUGGCGACAGUCGCAGAAGAAUACAUGUUACUGUCCUCUCCUACCACUCCUCCAUCGGAAUCAGGAAGGACGAGCUCGUCCAUGGAUACAUCCUGGUCUACUCAGCAAAACGCAAGUCCUCCAUGGCGAUGCUCAGAGCUUUCCUGGCGGAGGUCCAAGAUGUCAUCCCUGUUCAAAUGGUGGCCGUCACAGACAGUCAAGCAGACUUCUUUGAGAAUGACCCAAUCAAAGACCUCAUGACUGAAGGAGAGCACAUCGCUACAGAGAUAACCGCUAAAUUCACAGCUCUCUACUCUCUGUCUCAGUACCAUCGUCAGACGGAAGUCUUCACGCCGUUCUUCAACGAGGUGCUAGAGAAGAAGAGCAGCAUCGAGAGCGCCUUCAUGUUUGACAGCUCUCGAGACUGCACGGGUGCGAGUGAAGAUGUCUUCCCCCAGUCUCCCCACAGCCAUUCCCCUGCUUACAGUUACUACCCUGACUCAGAGGACGACACCGAGGCUCCUCCACCUUACAGCCCCAUCGGGGACGACGUGCAGCUUCUUCCAACGCUUAGCGAACGUGGAAAGUGCAGGAUCGAUCUGGAGGGGAACGAGUACCCUGUCCAUAGCACACCUGUCGGUGACCAAGAGCGCAACCACAGAGUGCCUCCCCCGGUUAGACCCAAGCCUAUACUAUCCAAGCCCAACGUCAAGAAGUUGGACCCCAAUCUCCUGAAGACCAUUGAGGCUGGGAUGAGGAGCAACAGACGACAACGCAGCCCCAUGGCCCAAGGUGAAGACGUCGAGGCGUCCGACAAUUACGCAGACCCCGUAGACACUCUCCUGAAAUCAAAGGGCUUUACCGACAACAUCUACGCUGUCCCGGAGGACACCCACAGCAGGACCCUCAAAAUGCUUCACGUCUCACACGGGGACGAGGAGAACGGCUUCGACCACAAGGCGCAGGCCAGCAGGAGGCCCACCAAGUAUAAGCACCGCUCCAAAAUACUCUUCAGCAAAACCAAGAUGUACCACAGACGUGUCCACUCCGACGUCAGCGAUGAUGAGUCUGGGCCGGCCAUGCAGAAGAAGAAGAAGGGCAGGGCCCAUCGGGGCAGUGAGGAAGACCCCCUGCUGUCCCCUGCUGACCCCUGGAAGGGAGGGAUAGACAACCCUGCCAUCACCUCCGAUCCAGAGCAGGAUGACAUGAAGAAGAAAAAGAAGAAAACGCCAAAGACAAAGGAACCUAAAAAGCCAAAAUCCAAGCCCACAAAGCCUUUGUACCCUCCCACACGGAGGAAUUGGGAGAGCCACUACUUUGGUGUUCCCCUACAGAAUCUGGUCACCCCGGACCGGCCAAUCCCCUUGUUCAUUGAGAAGUGUGUGGACUACAUUGAACGCACUGGACUUACAACAGAGGGCCUGUAUCGCGUGAGUGGGAACAAGACUGAUCAAGACAAUAUUCAGAAGCAGUUUGAUCAAGACCACAGUAUGGACCUGAUAGUGAUGGAUGUGGCUGUGAAUGCUGUGGCGGGGGCUCUGAAGGCCUUUUUUUCUGACCUACCUGACCCUCUCAUCCCCUACACCCUGCACCCAGAGCUGGUGGAGGCAGCCAAAAUUGUGGACCACAUAGAAAGACUCCAAGUGCUGAAAGAAAUAGUGAGGAAGUUCCCUGCAGUGAACUACGAGGUGUUUAAAUACGUCAUCACUCACCUGAACAGGGUGAGCCAGCAGAGUAAGACCACCUUGAUGACAGCCGACAAUCUAUCCAUCUGCUUCUGGCCCACACUGAUGCGUCCCGACUUUGAGAACAAGGACACACUCUCCACCACCAAGCUCAACCAGUCUGUCAUCGAGUCCUUCAUCCAGCAGAGCCACUACUUCUUCUACAGCGGAGACAUCCAGGAGAGCUCCAGCACCGAGAGCACCCCACCACCCCACCACUGUCACAGCAUGGUGGAGGCCCUGAGGCCCCUGCAGCUGCCCCCUCCUCUUCAGCCCCAGCAGAUCCAGCACAGUAUGUCCCUGCAGCCUGAACCACUCAUAUAGACCCAGGUGGGGUAGGGGUAAGGCUGGGCUAGUGGGGGGACAUAGGGUGAUGUGUCCUCCUUUCCCCUCCCUUUGGUGUUCCUCUGACUGCAAAACAACAACAUUACUAAAUGAUCAACUUUGUUCUCUGCUCCCCUUUCUGGGCGACUGACUGGAUUCAGGGGUGACUGACUCUCCCCCAGGAACAAAAACAACAUCAAAACAAAUGCAUUUUUCUUCAUUCAGUGCUGUACAGUAAUACACAGUAAUAAAGAUGCUGUAUGACUCCAGCAGAAGGACAAAAACAUGCGAUGCAAAAAUGAUUUGCUAAAUUCUACAACACCUUGCAAAAUAUAAGGAAAAUCUAUUUAUACUAGUUGUGUUUUGUUUUUUUAAACCCUUUAUUCAUUCAAGUGAACUUGAAGUUAGAUGAGGCAGCAUCUGUUAUGAUACUUCUACCAGCGUAGACAUUCUUCUGCUUGUUUAUUUUUGUAUGAUUUGGUGAUGAUGAUGGAUUCUUGUAUUUUUACCAGUAUGAUUUACAUUUUUAUCUGAACGGUUUGAGGGACAGAAAGACAGUGAACGUUGGCAGGCUUUGUCUCUACCUGCUCCCAACACCUCGCACUGUUUGGGAGGGAGGGGACUCUACGUGAAAGACUGAUGCUGUACUGCACCAGACCGGGACAUAAGACAGACAGACUGGCCUCCUAUUGGAGCAGAACUCAUGCAAUUCCUGAAGCUUAUGAAGGAAG